AUGACCGCACGAUCCAGAGCCGCGGAGACACAAGAUCCACCCACCAAAUGGAGCUGCGCCUUCUGCGAUGCAAUCUUCCACCGAGUUGACCACUAUAGGCGCCACAUCACUUCUCCGCAGACAAACCGUAUCAAUGCUCCUUCUGCGCCUCUCGCUACAAACGAGGGUGAGUCCGCUUCUCUUACGAGUUUUCAGAUCACCUCCCACUCGAACUUCCUGUUGACGAAUGCAGGGACGUCCUUCGUCGUCACUGGAAAACCUGUCCCGCGCGCCACGAGGCCGGGUAUGCGAUCCCAGAGCCUCGAACGGGCGGCAAAGAACGACACGCAUGCGAUGCAUGUGCGCGGCUGA